GCUAGCCUUUGUCUUGAUUGGACCGAUUACAAUCUGCGGUUCUAAAAACCGCGAAAUUUGCUUUGACAACCAAAAGGUCAACAUGAACGUAAACAAAGCCAAGAUGAAGAAUAGUGCACAAAGCAGCAAGCGCAUUACAACAGGUACUCCAAAGAAGAAACAACUAGAGGCCUCUGUGCACACUUCCCUUCCUCCUCUUGUGACUGGUCCACUCAGAGGACAUGUGAAAGUUAGUCUAGAGCGGGGGAUACAGUGGGAAUAUAGCAUAGGACCACCUGCACCCAAGCUCUGUGUACGACUCAAGUGGUGGGGGGAAAACUCAUGUGGCACCAUAUUUAGAGUUCCAGUCCACAGGUGCUCUUCUAAUAACAAGGCUUUGGGAGAUUGUACUACCCUUGCAGUUUAUCAAAUUCGCUCUGGGUGGCCACAGUUCAAGUCCUACAUUCAAGAUAUGGGAUCACUCUAUGUUCACGUUGGGCUUGGUCACAUGACAGACGAGUCAAUGGUGAUUGGUAAAGCUUCUGUUCCUAGCCUAUCCAAGCUGUCUCCCACCAACGCACUAACCCUGCAGUCUCCUAUUGUCAACUCCAAAGGUCUCUGUCUUGGCAAGCUAACUGUUAACAUAUCUAUUCAGCCAGUGGAAGUUGCGACUGCAUUGAAGAAAUCUUCCAAGGUUGAAGAUAGUCUUCCAGAAGUUAUUGUUUCCCCGAGUGUGGAACAAUUUCAAGGUGGGAGCUCCCCAGAGAAUACAAACAUUGCUACUCGGAGUACCGAGGAACAAGUGCCGCUGACAUACACAGAGGAUAAUCUUUCAAAAAGCCCGGUACAGCAUUCUCCCAGUGAAGACGAGGCAGACAGAUCUGAUGUAAGCAUAGGCCCUCAACAGAUGGAGGUCAUCUCAGAGUUGAUUGACCGUGGGAAUGCACUGAGAAAUGAAAUGGUUCAGUCACUAGCUGAUGGGGUGUCAAAGAGACAACACUGCCCCUCCCCAGUUAUGGAUAACGGAGAAGAAGCGAUUCUGCACCCCUUACUGUUGACUGGACUCUCUUCAGGCCCUGCAGCUGAUCUCCUCCCCUACAGUGACAACCUCCAUGAGCUAGUGUGCCUGGGAAUGAGCAGUGACGAAGACGAAGAUGACAUUGUAGCUGGACUGGAUGACAUCUCUGUCGUGGAACCAGACUACCCUCUCCACAACCAGCACCUGCUUGCCAGGCUACUGUAUGAAAAUGAUGGUAAUGAAGAUCUCCCAAAUUCGGCUAAACCUUUUCAUACACCUGUGGAAAAUGAACAUCAGAUUGGUAAUGGCUUGUCUAAUCAAAAUGUUGAGUGUCUUGCUGCAGAACAGAACCCCCCAUCGCAAAUCUCACCUGACUCCGAAGCACCUACCCAAAAGUUCACUGCCUCAAAGCUCACUAGCAAGCUGGCUACCAAAGAUCCACUAUCAGCUGGUUCUAGUUUGACAGCUUUCUCGUCUUACCUUGGUUCUGGAGAGAGGUCUCUGGAGGGGUCCAUUGUUCGUAGUCUGGGACUGGAGAAACUGACUAAUCUGGGCCGUGUCAGCAGAGCUAGGGUGGCUGUGGAGAGUCUGGAGGUAGAGCCAGGACUAGUGCACAAGGUGCUCAAAGAGAGAAGCAGCAAAGGAACUAGGAAACGGAGUCUCAUUCCACUGUCGCAAAGCUCUUCUUCAUGUUCGACGUAUUUUGUUGAGUACCAAUUCCCGGCAGCCUUUAAUGGUGGUACCCACUCUUCAAAACGCCUCCCAGCUACCCAUGAAGUAAUGCGAGUUGCGUCAAAGAAAACAGUGGAUAAUGCUGUGUCCUUCAAUCAUCAGUCAAUGUUUCCGGUAUCGUUCAAUAGCUCUAUCAUCCAGAGAUGGUGGAACAGUACGCUCAUAUUUAGAGUCUACUGUAAAAGGCUCUCAGAGAGAAUGCCUUUUCUGGUGGGUAAGGCGGUGGUGCCUCUGCGGUCUUGCCUCUCGUCCCCCACCCUCGAUCUCCACACACGACUGGAGGUCAGAAGCUCCACCCUUACAGACGCUGUGAAAAGCCACGUGACUGAUGAAGACUCUCUUCUUGGUUAUCUACAGGUAUUAAUUCAGCUGGUCACCAGUGACAAGAAAGCAGCCAAGCCCCCACCACUGACCACUAUAAUUCCCAACCCUUCAGUGCCUUCUGAGGAAAAUGAGACUCCUUCCAACAAUGGUCCACCUGUCAAAUUCCAAGAGCCCAAACCACUUGCUCAGAUGAUCAACCCGCCCCCCUCCCCCCUCCAACUGCUACUGAUGAUCCCUGAAGCCACAAACAUUUCACUGCCCCACAAGGAGCAAAGGGAGAGCCCAGCUCCAGGCAGAUUGGUACCUCCUCAGAUUGGAGUGCCCAACCCGUACAUUGUCUGCAGGUUGUUCUGUGCCAAGCCUCACCCCAGGACAGUGGUACAGUGGGCCACACCCAACCCACAGUUCGGAUUCAAGCAGGUACACCCCCUCUAUCUGACCCCUGCACUGAUGGAGCAGGUUUGCAGCAACUUCACAGUGAUUGAAGUGUGGCACAGGACUCCCGGGCCCACGACAGAUGAUGAGCUUGUGGGUCUUGUAAAGGUGUCACUCCACCAAUUCUACCUGGCAUUCUCUGACGUGAAUGCACAGCAUCUGUAUAAACAAGCAAAGCUUCCAGUAGUGGCUAUGGACUCUUAUUGUCCCAUUGUGAACCCUUUCUGUGGCAAUGUCAUUGGACACCUUGCUGUGUUGUGUGCACUUGGAACCAGUGAUCAGAUACAGCUCUUGCAGCAGCAGUUUGCUUGUGGCUCAUAUUCUCUACACAAACAUCAUGUCCAAUCGAGCCAUCAGCAGAACAACAAGCCCUUCACUGACAUGUUAGCGUUACCAGGCAACCCUAUAAACACACUAGCUCAUGUGUUUGAAGUGACGAUAGAGGGUGUCUGUGACCUCACAGCUUUCAACAACACAGUGUGGGGGGAGACGGACUGCUUUGUCCAGUACCACUUCCCCUCUCAGCUACCCCCUCAAGAUGACCCUGACUCUGUGACGCCUCUCUUACAGCCAUAUCGCACUGGAACCACACUCUGUGUUCCCAAUCCCUCCUUCACACACUCCACACAGCACACCCUUACACUGGCAGUGACGGCACCAAUCCAGCAGGAGCUUGUGCACGUAUGUGGGCAGGGACGAGGGGCAAGUGGGCAUGGCCUGAGUGGCGGAGUCCCCUUUGAACUCUGGAGGAGGUUCUAUUAUCCAAACAUAAGGGAUCAACUCAUUGCAAAGACUGUAUUGCCGAUUGUUAAACUAUGUGCCAUGGUGUCCAUGGGAAAGGGACCUAAUAUCCAGACGUUCUCUUUGCCUUUGAAACUGGUAGCUGAAAUAGAUACUCAACCGAAAGCUGAGGGAGGCGUGCUAGAUGUGACCAUACGCUACAAAAUUGUGUCCAGUGACAAGCAAUCUGGAAAAUCCCCUGAGAUCAAUGUUCAACAGGAAGGAGUCACCCCUUCUGAAGUUGAAGAGAAGGAUAAUAAAUCAAAUCAGGAGUCUGGUGAUGAUGGUGAGAAUUCCAGCCUCUCUUCAACUGAACCACCAGCUUCACCUGAUUGUCAACAACAGGAAAACCCUCCCCUUACGAUGGAAGAGGCUGCACCACCAGUCCCUGAAGAUGUCUUUGAAGCCAGGAUUGUUAUACACAGUGCUCUUCACCUACAGAUGGAGCGUGCUGUCCUUCCAAGUGUAUACGUGACACUCCAUCCUCACCCCAAUGUAGCUAAAAUAUCCACCUCGGCUAUGUCCAGUGAGCAGGACAUGAUUUGGGACCACCUCUGUGUUACCUAUGUCCCCAACAUGUACCUGCAGCCUCAGUGCCCUGGGCUGGAAUUCCAGGUGUGGAACAAGUUUCUAGACUCUUCACCAACUCAUCAGAAGAGUGGCCCACGAAAUGACUAUCACAUUGGCUGUGUGUACAUGGACCUGAGCCCCCUGGCAUUUGGACUUAGGCAAAUCAGUGGGUGGUACAAUAUUGUCGACUUUGGAGGACAGGUGAAAGGACAGCUGAAGGUCACCGUCAGCCCCACUAGCAGAAUCAGCUAUCCAUCUCGACUGCUCUCUUACCGUUUAGAAAGUCCUCCUGAGUCCUACAUUGGUAAGACCAGUCUGUUGGAAAGACAGCCGUUUCAGGGUCCACCUCACUCCCUCUACAAUGAACAAAAGGCGGGCGUUCCACAGAGUGAACCUUCUGAAUCAAGGACCACUUCAAUGCUUCAUGAGCAGUUGAGGGAUAACAUAAAAGAGCUUGACAUUAUCCACAAGUCGCUCCAAUCUAAACUGGGAGAGAUUGAGAAGUCACCACCAUUCUCACAAGUGCACAUAUUAUCAUCAAUCCCACGGCAGCAAAUCCAUUUAUGCCCUCGACAAGCUGGAAUUACCGAUACCGAACAUACCUCUACUGAAUACAUGGCUCUACCCGAAACAACAAUUAGCAAACAAAAAACUGCGGAACACGAGACAUUUGUCAGCACAACAACUCAGACUGAAAGAAUAUAUAACUCUUCAUUUCACUCUGCUACACUACCAUCAGUUGCCGCACCAUCUACCAGUCCUGUCAUUGCGCAGUCACCAGCUCCUACUCACAAUGAACCAACUGACGAUACUAUCACAACCAGUCCACCACACUCUUACGCACCAAGUGACCUCUCGCCUCAGCAAGAAGAGUCCAGCGAUAUUCCAUACUGUCAAUACUAUAAAGCAGAUCGUUUAACCCCCUAUUCGGAUUGUCCACAAGAGGACUUGGCUGCUACAGAGGAGAAGUCUUGCUCGCUAACUGAUGUAAGCUUGACGAGUGAGAACACUGAGCUAUCACGACAUUCUGUCCUUAAUUCAAGUACUGAAGAUGAUUCUGAGCAAAGCAAACAUUCUGAACUACUUAAUUCUUGCCCACCACGACCUUUGUCUAGUGAAAUGAGUCAUAUUGUUGUCGUUCAACCUUCUGAUUUGGAUUCUUCAGUCCAGGAUGAUAACCAAACACAUGAUCACCACCACCCUCCUUACACAACUGAAAUACUGGACCAAUUGCAAACUGACACUAUUCCCACUAUUUCGCACAAACUUACUCCAGUCAACGUCCCUACGUAUACUGAUAUAACAACCCAACCUUUAACGGAGAUCCAACAACCCACUGCUGUAAAACCUCCCCAAUCAAAACCUGAGCCGAGACAUUCACGAUUUGGACAGCUUCCCAAUUUCUUUAUGCCUCCGGGGGAACUGGAGGAAUCCAUGAGGAGGUUGCGAACAUCAGCGCUCAGUAGGCCCGCCCCCAGAACAAGACCUCAAAAGGAAAACCAGACCACAAGAUCUUCAGGAGGAGCGCAGACUGUGAGCACUCUACAGGAAGUCCAACAGUAUCUUGACUCGAGGAAAGUUCAAAGGUUAUCUAAUGGAACAAAACAGCUGGAUAUUACUUCUAAUGAGACACAGCGAAUAGCCAGAAUAUUUUCAUCUAGGUAAAUCCUAAUUUAUUUGUACAAAAUUAAAGCCAUGACUGUGUGUACAUGUACAUAAAAAAUAAUAUAUUUAACAAUCA